UGAUGAAGCCGGCUUCUCAGUUUCAGCAGAGCUCUGAUUUUUCCGUCCCUCUCGGAGCCGCGAGAACACGGCGUGGCUGGGCAGCCAGAUGCUCUCAGCGUCUAGAUGGAGCCCUCAGACAUCCCAGAGUCCACCACCUCUUAUGAGUAUGAUCCUCAGAGCUUUCUGUGUGAGAAGAGGACCUUCGUCUUCGCCACCAUCAGCACCACCAUCCUCUACUGCCUGGUGUUCUUUCUCAGCAUGGUGGGCAACAGCCUGGUGUUGUGGGUCUUGGUGAAGUAUGAGAGCCUGGAGUCCCUCACCAACGUCUUCAUCCUUAACCUGUGCCUCUCAGACCUGGUGUUCUCCUGCUUGCUGCCCGUGUGGAUCUCGGGGUACCACUGGGGCUGGGUGCUGGGAGAUGCUCUGUGCAAGCUCCUCAACAUGGUCUUCUCCAUCAGCCUCUACAGCAGCAUCUCCUUCCUGACCAUCAUGACCAUCCAUCGCUACCUGUCGGUGGUGAGUCCCAUCUCAUCCCUGCGCGUCCACACCCUCCAGCGCCGUGUGCUGGUGACCGCCGCCGUGUGGGCGGCCAGCAUCCUGUCCUCCAUCCCCGAUGCCAUCUCCCACAAGGUGUUCCCUUCGGGCUGUGACUAUGCAGAACUCGAGUGGUUCCUCGCCUCUGUCUACCAGCACAACAUCAUCUUCCUGCUGUCUGUGGGGGUCAUCCUAUUCUGCUACGUGGAGAUCCUCAGGACCCUGUUCCGCUCGCGGUCCAAACGGCGCCACCGGACCGUGAGGCUCAUCUUCACCAUCGUGGCGGCAUACUUCCUCAGCUGGGCUCCCUACAACCUGAUCCUCUUCCUGCAGACACUGUUGAAACUGGGGGUCAUUCAGAGCUGCGAGGUCAGCCAGCAGCUGGAUUAUGCCCUGCUCAUCUGCCGCAACAUUGCCUUCUCCCACUGCUGCUUCAACCCGGUGCUCUACGUCUUCGUCGGGGUCAAGUUCCGCAGGCACCUCAAAAGUCUGCUCCGGCGCUUCUGGCUCUGCCGGCAGCAGGCGCCCAGCCUUCCUCCGUCACCUCACCCCCCAGGUGCCUUCACCUACGAGGGCAUCUCCUUCUAUUGAAGGGGAGUUUGGUGGGGCAGGAAGGAGGGAGAGGGCACGCGGCUGGGAAACGCUAGAGCUGAGGCUGGGGGAUGACAGCGGUAUGUUACACCAGGGGGUCCUAUGGGCCCCCUCUUCUGCGGAGAAGUUCCCCACCUGGAAAUCUUACAUUGCCAUCCAGAAAAAUGCUUCUUAGAUUCUGAGGAACUCUUUUCUCCUUUAUUCCUUCAUUCAGACACGGAUUUCUCAUCUUUGCUCAGGUCAGGAGACUCUCAAAUAUGAAAGGCUUCCGGGAAAGGAGCAUCCUUCAGGACUUGCGAGGGUCUGGAAUUCAGUUGUGCAGCUCUAGGCUGCUGGCGAGACGGUGUUCCCUCCCUGACUGUAGGACUGUCCCCCAGUGUUGGAGGUGGUGGCUCCGGAUGGGACUGUCUGUAGAAGUGAUCACACCCGCAAACAAGCACAGUCAGAGUGAGAUCUGGACUCUGAAUUCCCACAGCUGGACCGGAGAUGUGCUCUGUACCAUAGCUCCAGUUUCUAGCACAUGAAGUGGUUGAAUAUUUAGUCUGUAAAUCUUUUAUUGAAAGAAUGAAUGCAGUAAGUACCGCCUUCUGCAGGCAUUUACGUGGAAGCUGUAAAAAUGAAUGCGAUGCAGAUGCUAACCUCCAGGUGCCAACAGUUGAGCUCUGAGGGCCCAGAUGACUAAACGCCCACCUUGCUGAAGGCAUCCAGGGUGAAGAUUCCUCCAACACCUCCUCCUCUCCAAGUGGAUAUUGAGCUGACGUUUCUGAUUCAUCACGUUCCACCUAAAGUGUUCUCCUGCUCCUGAUUGAUGCUGCCAGCUUUCCCCACGAGCUGGGUUAUCUUGGAGCCCCGCGUUUCCUUUCCUCUACGCCCACGGCCAAGUCCUGUUGAUGUUACCUUCCCAGUAUCUCUCACAUGCCUGUUGCUUCCUCCCCAAACAGCCUUAUAUCCUCAGCAUCUUCCUGCUACUCAUUUCUUUCCCCUCCAGUGUCCUCUGCAUUGAUAUCACGGCACUUCAAAACCCUCACAUUAUGUUCAAAUAAAGCCCAAAUACCAUAGGCUUUAUCUGUAUAUAAAUAAAGGCCCCUUCAAUCUGG